CCUUACUGACAGGAAUAAAACCGCGAAGUGAGUUGACGUUUAUCGUCUCAGUUCUUGGGUCACUGAGAUAGAAAAGUGUUACUUCACACGUCACCUGCGCUUCACCUUGAGACACUCAUGGCUGAAACUAAAGGCAAGUUUGACUUUGCGAUUGAUCGUGGAGGAACAUUUACCGACGUUUUUGCCCGUUCGCCUGACGGUAGAGAGAGGGUCCUGAAACUCCUGUCACAUGACCCACAAAACUACAGAGACGCUCCUACUGAGGGCAUCCGCAGAGUCCUGGAGGAGGAAAGUGGGCGGAGCUUUCCUCGGGAUCAGCCUUUGGACUCCUCUCUGAUUGGCUGGAUUCGGAUGGGCACCACAGUGGCGACUAAUGCGUUGCUGGAGCGCCAGGGAGAAAGAACAGCUUUGGUGGUGACACGUGGAUUUCGAGACUUGCUUCAUAUCGGCACGCAAGCCCGACCGGACCUGUUUGAUCUGGAGGUGCGUAUGCCAGAGCUGCUGUAUGAGGAGGUGAUGGAGGUGGAGGAGAGAGUGAUUCUCACACAGGAUUCCUGUCAGCUACCCAGAAAUCAACCCAAACGCAUCGUCACAGGCAGUACAGGAGACCGCCUGGAGCUCUGGCGGGAUCUGGAUCUUCAGCAAGCAGAACGAGAUUUGAAGUGUUUGUUUUCCAAAGGAAUCCGCAGCCUAGCCGUGUUGUUACUACAUUCUUACACGUGGUCAGAUCACGAGAAGGCCGUUGGAGAUUUGGCGAAGCGUCUUGGUUUCACGCAGGUGUCUCUGUCCAGUGAGGUGAUGCCCAUGGUUCGAGCAGUGCCUCGUGGAUACACCGUAUGUGUGGACGCCUACCUCACGCCGAAAAUACACCGCUACCUUGCUGAAUUCACCAACGGCUUCAUAGGAGGCCUGAAGGGUGUGGAUGUGUUGUUCAUGCAGUCUGAUGGUGGUCUGACGCCGAUGGAGCGGUUCUGUGGCUCCCGGGCGGUGCUCUCGGGUCCCGCUGGAGGAGUUGUAGGCUACGCUGUCACCUCGCACGGCUUUAUGGAAAACAAACCCGUCAUCGGCUUUGAUAUGGGAGGCACGUCCACAGACGUGAGCCGCUACGCUGGUCAGUAUGAACACGUGUUUGAGGCGACUAUCGCUGGAAUCACACUGCAGGCUCCACAGCUGGACAUCAAUACGGUUGCGGCUGGAGGAGGUUCUAGACUCUUCUUCAGGUCAGGGAUGUUUGUGGUAGGCCCAGAAUCUGCUGGAGCUCAUCCCGGACCGGCCUGCUACAGGAAGGGUGGUCCUCUGACUGUCACUGACGCUAAUCUCGCUCUCGGCCGUCUGCUUCCUUCAUUCUUCCCUCAAAUCUUUGGACCUGGAGAAAAUGAGCCUCUGUCACUCGAUGACACAAUGAAGCGUUUCCACGAGCUCACACCAGAGAUUAACCACUUCCUCUCUGCAAACCAAUCAUCAAACAGUACUUCAGGAGGGGACCAAUCAGAAAUGAGCAUAGAGGAAGUUGCCAUGGGCUUCAUCAGAGUGGCUAAUGAGGCCAUGUGUCGUCCAAUCAGAGCACUCACACAGGCUAAAGGUCAUGACACAUCUGAACAUGUGCUGGCAUGUUUUGGAGGAGCGGCUGGCCAGCAUGCGUGUGCCAUAGCAAGAGCGUUAGGCAUGAAGACUGUCUUUAUACACAAGUAUAGUGGAGUGUUGUCAGCGUAUGGUUUGGCUCUGGCUGAUGUGGUGGAGGAGCUUCAGGAACCCUGUUCUUUACAUUAUAUUUCAGCUUCAUACAGUGAGCUGGACGGGAGGAUAGCUCUGCUUUCUCAGUGCUGUGAGGAGAAACUGCUCGAGCGAGGCUUCGGCAGCUGUCAGAUAAGUACGGAGGUGUUUCUGCACAUGCGCUAUGAAGGUACAGACUGUGCGCUGAUGGUGACGGCCGCUGAUCAUCCCUGUGACUCUCUCUCCUGCAGCUCUGGAGAUUUCCGCAAGGCCUUCACUAAACGAUAUCAGAAGGAGUUUGGAUUCACUAUCGCUGAUCGGCCAAUCGUGGUGGAUGACAUCCGUGUGCGUUGUUCUGGGAAGUCCGGAAUACAGUCAAAGGUGCAGCGCAAACAGGGGCAAAGACCUCCAACACCAAAUCAGAUGACGCAGUGUUAUUUUGAGGAAGGUCAUCUGAACACCAGUGUGUAUCUGUGGGAGGAUCUCACCUGUGAUUACAGCAUCAACGGACCGGCCAUAAUCAUCGAUCACAACAGUACGAUUCUCGUGGAGCCUUCGUGUGUCGCUCGCCUGACGGACGCUGGUGAUUUGUGCAUUUCUGUCGGCAUGGCAACACAGUGUGUGUUAGGGACUGAGCUCAACACGGUCCAGCUGUCCAUCUUCUCUCAUCGCUUCAUGAGCAUCGCAGAGCAGAUGGGUCGAGUUCUGCAGAGAACCUCCAUGUCCACUAAUAUAAAAGAGCGUUUGGAUUUCUCCUGCGCUGUGUUCGGUCCUGAUGGAGGUUUGGUGUCUAAUGCCCCUCACAUCCCGGUUCAUCUGGGGGCUAUGCAGGAGACAGUACAAUAUCAGAUCCGGGCAGCAGGUGGCAGUAUGGUAGAGGGUGAUGUGAUUCUCAGUAAUCAUCCGUGUGCAGGCGGCAGUCACCUCCCAGACCUCACCGUCAUCACUCCUGUGUUUCGUGGGGGUGUGAGCGCGCCCGUGUUCUUUGUGGCCAGUAGGGGUCAUCACGCUGAUAUUGGGGGCAUUACUCCUGGCUCAAUGCCUCCUCACUCCACCACGCUACAGCAGGAGGGCGCCGUCUUCACCUCAUUCAAACUGGUGAUGGGUGGAGUGUUUCAGGAGGAAGCUGUGACUGAGGCGCUCAUGGCACCAGCGCAGUACCCAGGAUGCUCUGGGACACGCAAUCUCCGUGACAACCUGUCGGACCUGCGGGCUCAGGUAGCAGCCAAUCAGAGGGGAUGUCAACUGGUGGGGGAGUUGAUUGACAGCUACGGUCUGGAGGUGGUCCAGGCGUACAUGGGCUACAUUCAGAGUAACGCAGAGCUCGCGGUUCGAGACAUGCUGAGAGAUUUCGCCCGCCGCCGCCGGCAGGAAACGGGCUCUCUUGAAGUGGAAGCAGAAGAUCAGAUGGAUGAUGGGACGCCGAUCAAACUGGAGGUCCAGAUCAAUGAAGAACUGGGCAGCGCAGUGUUUGAUUUCACAGGCACAGGGGUCGAGGUCUGGGGUAACUGUAAUGCUCCUCGUGCCAUCACCCUCUCAGCUCUCAUCUACUGUGUGAGAUGUAUGGUGGGUCAGGACAUUCCACUCAACCAGGGCUGUCUGACUCCUGUGAAAGUCAUCAUUCCCCCUGGUUCCAUUCUUCAGCCGUCUCUGAACGCUGCAGUGGUGGGCGGAAACGUUCUGACAUCACAGCGGGUGGUGGAUGUCAUCUUUAAAGCUUUUCAAGUGUGUGCCGCCUCACAGGGCUGCAUGAACAACGUGUCGUUUGGUUGUGAGAAGAGCGGGUACUAUGAGACGGUCGCUGGUGGUGCGGGGGCAGGGCCGGGCUGGAAUGGGAGGAGCGGCGUUCACAGUCACAUGACAAACACGCGAAUCACCGACCCCGAGAUCUUGGAGAAGAGGUAUCCGGUGGUUCUGGAGCAGUUCUCCCUGCGGUCUGGUUCUGGAGGUUCGGGGCUGUACCGCGGAGGCGAUGGAGUGAUCCGGAAGCUUUUGUUUCGUCGUCCGGUGGUUCUGUCGGUACUGAGCGAGAGACGCUCCACGCAGCCCUAUGGACUUCAUGGAGGAGCAAACGGAGCGCCGGGACUCAAUCUGUUACAUAAAACAGACAACAGAGUGUUAAAUUUAGGAGGGAAGAACAGCGUCAGCCUGGAGCCUGGGGACAUGUUCAGUUUAUUUACACCUGGAGGUGGAGGAUACGGACGUGUGGCGGACGCAGAAGAUCAGAUUCCCUUCAAACGCCGCUGUGUGAACGAAUCCUGAGACACUGAGAUUCAUAAUCUCUCGUAAAAAAAAAAAAGUGUCUGUUAAAAACGGUUUAAAAAAAAUAAAGAUCAAAUUAACCAUAAAUUGCAU